AUGUCCCUCUACGCGCCACGGCAGCUCCAGCCGCUCAACUCGAAAAUGCGCCACGGCUUCGACGAGGACUAUAACCUGGAACACUUUCUUUCCUCCUUGGCCAACACUUUCUACAUUUAUUUCGAUGAUAAACGACACAAUACGAACGGGAAUCCUGUUACUGAAAAUAUGAAAAACUUACCUGAAUAUGCCAAAAACCACCAGCCAAUCAGAGACUGGAAAGUGAUGAAGGAACGCCAGAAAACUAUCAGUGCUGUAUUGGUGCUAUGCUUGAACUUGGGCGUGGACCCUCCAGAUAUCAUGAAAACGUACCCGUGUGCUAAAUUGGAGGCGUGGUGUGACCCUUCGGCGUUUCCCGAUACAAAGAAGGCGAUCGAAGCUAUAGGGAAGAACUUGCAGAGCCAGUACGAAACGCUUCUGCUUCGAACGAGGUAUAAACAGCUGUUGGACCCGUGUGUGGAGGACGUGAAACGGUUCUGUAAUACACUCAGACGGAACGCUAAGGAUGAGCGGAUUUUGUUUCAUUAUAAUGGGCACGGCGUGCCCCAGCCGACGGCUAGCGGUGAAAUAUGGGUAUUUAAUCGUGGGUACACUCAGUAUAUUCCGAUUUCGUUGUAUGACUUGCAAACGUGGCUUGGGGCGCCGGUGAUUUUUGUUUACGAUUGCAAUUCGGCUGGGAAUAUCGUUCACAAUUUUAAAAAGUUUGUCCAAAAACGUAUAGACGACGAUAACGAGGGAAACCACGACUUGAGUGCUCCUUCGCCAACGUCUGCGUACCUUGAUUCGAUCCAGUUGGCGGCGUGUAAGUCGAACGAAACGCUUCCCAUGAGCCCAGAGUUGCCGGCUGACUUGUUUACGGGCUGUUUGACUUGUCCUAUUGAUAUUUCUAUAAAGUGGUUUAUCAUGCAACUGCCGCUUAAAGAUUCGUAUUAUCUGAUGCUUCCAAGAAAUAGCAACGGCAAUGUUAUUAUUCCGGGAAAGCUUACAGAUCGGAGGACCCCGUUGGGAGAACUUAAUUGGAUCUUUACGGCCAUCACAGAUACCAUAGCAUGGACUUCCCUUCUGAGACCUAUCUUCAAAAAACUCUUCCGCCAGGACUUGAUGGUGGCGGCGCUUUUCAGGAACUUCUUAUUGGCGAAACGUGUGAUGCCUCAUUUUAAUUGUAAUCCCAUCAGCGACCCGCCAUUGCCUGAACUGGUCCGUUUCCAUUCAAUGUGGAAUUCCUGGGACUUGGCUAUAGAUCAGGUGUUUGCACAGCUUAUCAAGAACAAUAACCCUGAUCCUUAUUCUUAUACGGUGCCUUCGCCAACGCCUCCACCAGCACAGCAGCCCCAGCAGAACCAGCAACAGACUCCUCACAACACAUUAACUAAUGGUUCUGCCAACGGCAGCAGAGCAAGCAUUUCUCUUUCUCAACAGCAAAACCAGCAACAACCACUUCCUGGCCAACGUCAAAUGCUUUCUAAUUAUCAACAUUCGACGUUUUUCGAACAACAACUUACUGCUUUUGAUAUCUGGUUGAAAUAUGAAGGUCCAUCCACGAAAAACCCUCCUGAACAGCUUCCAAUUGUUUUGCAAGUGUUGCUUUCCCAAGUGCACCGUUUGAGGGCUCUUAUUUUGCUUUCCAAGUUCCUUGACUUGGGUCCCUGGGCGGUUUAUUUAUCCCUUUCCAUUGGUAUCUUCCCGUACGUUCUUAAACUCCUUCAAAGUCCAGCGCAAGAACUAAAACCCGUGCUUAUCUUCAUUUGGACGAGAAUUAUGGCUAUUGACUAUAAGAACACUCAACAGGAACUUUGCAAAGAUAAAGGGUACAACUAUUUCUAUCUUAUUCUCAAUUCGAGUCCUCUGAACUCGAUUGGCGCUCCUGGAGCUCCUGGAGGUAAUAUGAACGGUUCUAAUGGAGGAGGCGCUUCGGUGAUGGUGAACGACGACCAUAAAGCGAUGAGUGCUUUCAUUUUGACGCUUUUCAUUAAAGAUUUCAGAAAUGGCCAGCGUUUAUGUUUCUCCAUUGAACUUGUCAGUAACUGCCUCAAAUUCCUCCAGCUGAGCGAGAACCCGUUGCUUAGACAAUGGUGCUGUUUGCUUCUUUCCCAGCUUUGGUAUAAGUAUAAGGAUGGAAGGUGGAUUAUCUAUAAAGAUGGGUACCUUGCCAAGUUCCUUACGUUGAUUAAUGAUCCUAUCCCCGAAGUCAGAACGUCGAUUAUCAUUGCCCUUACGACGUUUUUGACUGAUCCUGAAGGUCUGCCUGCUGAUCUGCCACAAAAGAAGUCUUCUGGUCAAGGCGGUGGCAUUAAUGGCGAUUUAAGGCAAGACGAGUUGAGACAACAAGAUUUGAAGCUUGCCAAUGUGAUUUUGCGUCUUAUGGGCGAUGGGUCCACCAUUGUUCGUAAAGAAAUUGUGUUUUUCAUCAACAGAUUCAUCAAUAUCUAUACCAAGUUCUUUAUGGUUGUGGCGUUUAACCAGCUUGAAGAGGAGAUUGUGCUUAUUGAUAAUCCUAACAAUUUGCAAGAGUUCAGAAAGAAAUCGCCUGCCUACGGUUCCAUCUUUAGUUCUAUCUGGAAGGCACUUUUGAUCCUCUCUGAAGAUCCACAUCUUGAAGUGAAACAACUUGCCGAAACGCUUAUUGACUCUGUGAUGGUGAAACUCAACGAAAGUGAACUCAGCGAGCUCGUCAAGGAAAUGCAAGACUACUUACUAAGCAAAUCCACCAUCAGCAUUUCAGACAACUUGAAGCCUGUUAAGCCGAUUGUGAACCGUACGCCUAUGCUGAUGGGCGAUGGUGUACGCAGACAAGCGUCUAGCGGUUCAGUGUUAAACAGAAAGAAUACUUUGACCAUUGACGGUUCUUCCCUCAAAACCAGAGCUGUUUCCCAAGGAAACAUGUCCUCCAGGCACAACGAGCGUGACGACGUGCUGGAAACGUCGUCUAUUUCAUCCAAACUCAAGCAUUUAAGUCUCUCCAAGUUGUUUAAGAGUUUCCAGAUCAACGACGAUACUGAACUUAAUAAUUUCACCAGAAUGUUGAAAUCUGGACCUGUUGCAAGUCAGUACGGUUCAGAGUACAAGCCCAAAACGCCCAGACGAAUCUGGGUUUUUGAAUACAGUUGUGAGUACUUCCAGGAACCGCAAAUGUCGAAAACGGAAAUCGACGAGCCCGGGUCCAAAGAGUACAUGAAACGGCUCUGGAGAAGAAACAGAAACGAAAGCACAAUCCAGGAAACGCAGCCCCAGAAGAAAAUGGCCAUUCGUGGCGACUGGAACCGAGAACUUUCUGUUCUCAGCAACAAGUCCCAGCCAAAACUCAUCAAGUUCAUGCAAUUCGAAAAGCUUCUUGUGGCGUCCGACGAAAAAGAUAACGUUUCCGUGUGGAACUGGGAAAACAAACAAGUUGUCACGAAAUUCUCCAACACCAACCCGUUCGGCACGAAAAUCACCGAUAUCAAGUUCAUCAACGAAGACGACGAGCCAUUGGUCAUGACUGGUUCCUCAGACGGUGUUAUCAAAAUGUACAAGAACUUCCAUCUCGACCAGGACGAACGGAACGUCGAGCUUGUCACCGCCUGGCGAGCACUUACCGACCUUCUUCUCACGUCCAAAAGCUCAGGCCUCAUCAGCGACUGGCAGCAAUCCAGAGGCUCUCUUUUGGUCAGUGGAGACGUGAAAAUCAUCCGUGUGUGGGACGCCCCUCGUGAACUUUGCACCAUCGACAUUCCCGCCAGAUCCUCCUCGUCAAUCACGUCCCUUACGUCAGAUCAAGUUGCAGGCAACAUCUUCGUCGCAGGGUUUGACGAUGGCAGUUUAAGAGUGUACGAUCGAAGACUCGAUGCUAGGGAAUCUAUGGUGAAAGUCUGGCAGAACGGCCGUGGCGGUGUCAAAGAUAUGGGCAGAGGAUCUAUCCGUAACGUCCACAUGCAAAGAGGAGGGUUCAGAGAACUUGUAAGUGGCUCUUCUGACGGUUACGUGAACUUAUUUGAUAUUCGUCUUUCUGAGCCCGUGCUGACGUUUACCAGCGACGAACGCAAUAUCAGGUGUAUGGACGUCCACGAACACGCUCCCAUCAUCACUACAGCUUCGAAACUGGUGGAUAUUUGGACAACCAGUGGAGAUAUGAUCCAUACUUUGAAGAACCCACAUGACCAUUAUUUGGCAAACCGAACGCUGAACUACCUUUCCAGCGUUGCGUUCCAUCCCCACAGAAUGAUGAUAGCUACGAAUUACAACCAGGAUGGACAUAUAAAUGUUUACCAGUGCAGUGAUAUUGUUGAAGAGUACUAG